AUGGUGUCCCGUACCGUACUCACCUUUCUUCUCUUGAUCCCACUCGUGAUCAGCCUCAAAGUAGACCCUUCAUCCCUCCGGACAAAUGCCCUCAAAAGCCCAAUCUCCGUCAACAACCCCAUCCGCCUAAGCUGGCAGCUCACAUCAUGCAGGCGCAACUCGACCCAAACAGCCUAUCAAGUCCAAACGUCUCACUCGCAAGACUUCUCGCCUUUCCUCUGGGAAUCCAACAAAUCCGCAUCCCCGGACCCUUGGGCGCCCUACACCGGCCCGGCACUGCCCUCCCGCUCGGCAAUCUUCUGGCGCGUCCGGGUAUGGGACGGAGACGACAAAGCAUCGGAAUGGAGUCCCGCGGCCACCUUCGAGGUGUCCUUGUUGCAAGCUGAAGACUGGGACGCGGAAUGGAUCACAAACCCCGACUUCAAGACGGGAAGGACGUCGCUCCCGCGCUUCGCCAAGACUUUCGACGUCUCGUGCGCCGCGCAGAAGGCAAGACUCUACAUCAUCGGCCUGGGCCUCCACUACCCGCUCCUCAACUCCGUCAAGGUCGGCUCGGACGUGCUGUCCCCGGGCUACGCCACUCUGAACAAGACCAUGCCGUACUCGACCUACGACGUCCUCGAACAGCUGCGUCCCGGACGUAACGUGCUGGCGGUCGAGCUCGGGAAGGGGAUCUACGACAACACGGCGCCGCUGCUGGGACGGUACACAAAGUUCAAGCAGGCGCCUAGGGAGUUGAUGCUGCUGGCCCAGUUGGAGUAUACCUGUGAUGACGGGACUGCGGAAAAGGUCGCCACGGACGAGUCCUGGUUGACGAGCGUUGAGGGCCCCUGGAUCGAGGCGCAUUGGUAUGGAGGCGAGGAGUUUGAUGCGAGGAAGGAGACGAAUUGGACCGGGAUCGAUGAUGAUAGGUCCUCGUGGAAGAACGCAAGUGUCGCAGUUCCUCCGGCGGGCAAACUCGUCAGCCCGAGAUCCCCGCCGCUGGAAGUCACAGAGACCAUCGUCGCGAAGUCAGUGUACCAGGCAAACAACGGCCAAUGGAUAUUCGACCUAGGCACAAACAUCGCCGGACAAUUCACCCUCCAGAUCCAAAACCAAGGCGCGAAAGAAGGCACCCGAAUCGCCUUCUACCCAGGAGAAACCGCCUCCGCCGACGGCAUAUCCCAAACCUCCUCCGGAUCCCCCAUCUUCGACGCCUACACCCUCUCCUCCUCCCCCUCCCAAUCCUACACCCCGCGCUACCUCUACCACGGCUUCCAGUACCUUGGCGUAAACCUCACCUGGACCCCGACAGCCUCCGACCUCACAGCCCAUGUCAUCCGCGCCGCCAACGAACCGAUCCUCGAAGUCGAGACGAGCAACACCCUCUUCAACUCCAUCCACGAGCUCGUCGACCGCAGCAUCAAGGGCAACAUGCACUCCGUCCUCACGGACUGCCCGCACAGGGAGAAGUACGGCUGGCUGGAACAGGACCACCUCGUCUUCGACCCGCUGGUCGCGGGCUACGACAUGCAGGCCUACCUCGACGACCUCGUGCACACCAUCGCGGACGCGCAGGCCGCCGACGUGCCGGGCCUCAUACCCGACAUCGCGCCCGAGUACGGCGCGCCCAUGGGCGGCGGGUACAGGAACGAUCCGAACUGGGGCAGCGCCGUGGUCCUCGUGCCGCUGAAGGCGUAUAAGCAGUACGGCGACAUCGAGAUCUUGCGGAAGAGGAGGAGGGAGAUGGUGGAGUACGUGGAUUACCUCGUCCGCAGGGCCGGCGGGAAUAUGUUUCUGGACGAUGGCGGGUUGGGAGAUUGGCUGGCGCUGGACACGAGCACGCCCAAGGGCGCGGCGAGCACGUUCGGGUUCUGGGGGGCUGUGACCGGGAUGGCGGAGGUUGAGGGGUUCUUGGGAAACGACGAGGAGCAGGCGAGGUAUGCGGAGCUUGCCAAAGGCAUUCAGGCGGGGUUUCACGGGAGGUGGUUCAACAACAGCGAGGUGGGAUACUGCAAAGGGUCGCAGGGUUGCAACUCAUUCGCCUUAGGCAUGGGCGCCGUACCGGAGGCCAUCCGCCCCAACAUCCUCGACGCGAUCGUGAGGGACGCAGAACGUAGGGGCUGGGCGCUCAGCGCGGGCGAGAUAUCGCUCCCGUCCAUGUUCGACGCGCUCCGCGACGCGGGGCGGAACGACGUCAUCUACGAGAUCAUGCGCAACGACGAGGCCUGGGGGUACGGGCGGAUGGUGCGGGAGGGCGCGACGUCGCUGUGGGAGCACUGGGACCUGCCGGUCACGGGCGGCUCGCGGAACCACUUCAUGUUCGGGUACGGGGACGCGUGGAUUCUGGGGCUGAGCGGGUUGCGGCGGGCGCCGGGGGCCGUGGGGUGGGAUGAGGUUCUGUUUGAGCCUGUUGUGGUUGGCGAUUUGGGGUUUGCGGGGACGAGGGUUUUGACGCCCAGGGGGGUUGCUGCGGCGAGGUGGGAACGGGAUGGGGAGGUGAUCACGUAUGUUAUUGAGGUUCCUGUUGGGAGCACUGGGGUGGUGAAGAUGCCUGCUGUCGAAGUCAAGGAGGGCGGGGAGGAUGUUGACGGACGGAAGGGGGCUUUGGAGGUUGUGGAGGAUGAGAAGGGGACGAGAGUUGUUGUUGGGUCUGGGAAGUAUUCUUUAACGGGCAAGUUGGUGUUGUAG